UUUUGAUCAUUUUCAAGGAAUUCUUUACAAAUUUAUUCCUUUAAUUAGAUUUUAUUUAAUAUCAUCUGAUGAUUACAUCAACAAAGUCAAACCUUACGAAGAUAUAUUUCCUAAAGAAUUAAUUGAUCAUCUUUUAAACUUUUACUCGAAUUCAGAAUAUAGAUCAACUAUUAAAAUUAUACCGAGAAUUUCUGCACGUCAUUCUGUUAUAAUUGAUCAAGCUCUAGGCCAUUUUGCAGUUUUUGCAAAUUGGAUAGAUAAAAUGGGUGACCAUAACAAAUAUACUACUAAAACUAUGCCUUAUAAAUUUAAUCUUUUAUAUAGACUUAGCAGAGAUGGUAACACGGCUGAAGCAUUUCAUAGAAAAUGUGAUAAUAAAGGGGCCACUAUCAUUAUAAUAAAAAUUGGUGGAUCGGAACAAAUUAUUGGUGGUUAUAAUCCGUUCAAUUGGGAUUCGCGUAGUGGUUAUAAAUUAACGUAUGAUAGUUUUAUAUUCUCAUUUACAGAUAGAAGAGACACGAAAACUGCAAGUGUAGGUUAUAGUGGUGGUAUAAGUUCUGUAGGGUGUUAUUCAACUAACGGACCAAUAUUUGGUGGCUAUUUUUAUUGUAGAAGUGAUGGUAGUAUUUGGACAGCUUAUAGUACUAAUUAUUUUAAUCUUAGUGGUUUUCCGAACAAAAGUAUAAUUGCAGAAGAUUAUGAAGUUUUUCAAGUUAUAAAGCAACUAAAUAUGUAAUAGUAAUAUCGUUAUUGUAUUGCACAACAAUAAA